AUGGCCACCGACAAAUCGACUUCCAAGUCCGUCGUGGACGUGGUAGCACAGCCCGCCCCGGAUGCUCGCAGUCGAUCCACCUCGGAUAAGGAAUCUCUCCCCGACACCAAUGAUGAGAAGAAGGCCCCGCCGCUGGCUGCGAAACUCUUCGCGGUGUUUUUAAUUUCAUGUAUAAGCUUCGGCUCGCACUGGAGCUCCGGUGUUACGGGAGCCAUGAAGAGUACAAUUAAAAAGAAAAUGCAUAUCGAUAAUGUCCAAUUCUCGCUUCUCGAAGCAAGCGAGGAUUUCAUGGCCACGGUUCUGCUUCUGAUUAGUGGUAUUAUCACGGAUCGAGUUGGGGGUGCCGAAAUGAUCGUUUAUGGCAAUGUGGUUUAUACCAUCGGCUCUAUUCUUGUUGCUGCCGCCACGACGGUACGCUCGUUCAAGUUCAUGGUUGGGGGAAGAAUCGUGCUGGCGCUUGGUGAUAUCGCCACACAGAUUGCUCAGUAUAAAAUGUUUUCGUCGUGGUUCCCACCCAGCAACGGAUUUGCAUCAACGCUCGGCUUUGAGCUGGCUGUUGGCAAGGUUGGCGGGUUUGUCGGCAAAUCCACAGCCAAUAUCAUCGCCAAGAACACCGGCAACUUUGCAUGGGUCUUCUGGACCUCGGUAUUCAUGAACCUCUUCACCAACGCCGCCACAGCCGUUUUCUGGUUCUUCAACCAGUUCUGUACCCGCCACUACCGCGGCCGGCGCGACACGGCCACGAACGAGCAGCUGACGGAGAAGAACCGCAGAUUCGAAAUCCAAAAGGUCUUUGAGCUGCCGUGGAUGUUCUGGUCGGUUCUGGCUUUCUCUCUGUUCCAGACAAGUGCCGCAUCGGUGUUUAGCCAGAAUGCGACGGAGUUGGCAGAGAAGCGGUUUAAUGUUGAUGCUAUCAAGGCGGGCUGGUAUAGUUCCUUGUCGCAAUAUGCAGGGUUCUUCCUCGUUCCCUGUCUAGGUGUUUUUAUCGAUGUUUUGGGGAAUCGUGCUUCUGUCAUGUGCGCAUGUGGAUUGGGUAUGCUGCUAAGUAUGAUCUUAAUCAACUUUGCUCUCUCCAAAGCAGGCGCAGGUGCUGCGUUCGGUAUCUACGCUAUUGCCAUGUCCCUCGGCCCAACGUCCAUCAUAGACAGCAUUCGCACAACGCUCUGGCAUCAGUCGGUAUUUGGAUCCGCAUACGCAUUGAAAUUGACUAUGAAUAACGCCAUGAGCAUCAUCGUGCGGAUUAUCACCGGCGCUCUCCAGGACGCAGAUGACAAUUCCUACCGCCGUGUCGUGCAGGUGUAUCUCUUUCUCGCGGCGGCGGCCAUGGCUGUGGGCCUGGCGCUCUUGUUGGGCGCGUCCAUGACCGACUACCUCGCUCCGCUACAGUGGACUCGCCAAAAGCGAUUGACCUCAGGCCCAGAGAUCAUUCAGGCGACCAGAGAGCGCAGCCUGGUAACACACCAUAGGCGCACUCGGUGCAUUGCAACGACCUGUUUUGGGGCUCUGCUGCUGUUGACCCUUGGAGGCUGGGCGGCGUAUAUCUGGGGUGCGGUGACGGGUCACAACUCAUAG